AUGGAUCCCCGUCGUCGCACGCUUGCAUCGGGCGAUCCUUAUGGUGGAUCCAAUAUUCCUCUUCCUUCGUCGGUACUGAAGAGACCGCAGGCUCAAGUGGCAAGCUCCACUAGGGAGGGUGGUGGAGCCAACAGAUUCUCGCUGCUCCCUCAACGCUUGCCAUCCCACUCUGGUCCCAGGCAGCCGAGUGUUGCAACGAGCUCGAAUUUUCAGUUUCCUCAACAUUCUGAUGCCUAUUUCCAACCUUCUCCAGCUUCUGGCUUCUCGAGUCAUCAACAUCAAGACGCUGCUAUACGUUCGUCAGUCUUCCAGGCCCCACAGACUGUCAAUCGACAAGCUACCAGUGGCUCUAAUUUCCCCGCGGCUAGCCGAGCCUCCAUGUCGGUGAAUAGAAACGAGCAUGCCCACUACCGAUCAAGUAGCGCCAACGAUGUCCCUCCUGUGGGCCUGUUCAAUUUGCAUUCCACGCCUUCUGCUAACCGAGCUUCAUCUGUUGGGCCAUUCCAAGCAUCUCACCACGGCACCUCUUCCCUGCUCCCGCCCUUUCAAACCUACAAAGACCCUCGUACACGCGACAGAAAGACAAUCGCUUCUUGGCAACAUGAAGUUUACGAGUUUCUUCUAGAGCGUGGCUAUCCCGAACCAUUGACAAUCAAGACCCUUCAGGCUCCAACAACCAAGGACUUCCAAAACAUCUUCAAGUUCAUGAUCCAAUGCUCUGACCAUGGCCAUGUCUGGGGACUUUAUGGGAAGAAACUGGAGGAUGAAGUAAUCCCUCUGUUGAAGAGUAUGGGAUAUAUUGCGUAUGAUGCACUCACGAAGAGUGGAUUACAAGCCCCCGGGAGUAUGCAUACCUGGCCUACUCUGUUGGCAAUGCUGCAUUGGAUCGUUACAACCAUCAAGCUGCGUGAAGAAGCGAUGUCUAAUGAAAAAAUAAGAUUGGACACUCAAGUCGAACCAUCCCCGGACGACAGCAGCGCCGAGGACCUGGUAGCCACCAGCCACUGGUUACAGUAUCUCGAGGCGACUUACAAACUGUUUCUUCAAUCAGAUGAUUUUGACCGUGAAUUACAUAAACCACCGUUAGAAGAGUACUUCCAAAAACGCAAGGACCGGGUCCUAUCUGAAAUCGAAAGACUUGAGCGUCGUAAUACCCAACUAGAGCAGAAAUUCAACCGUCUAGCUAGUAAACCUUCAGAUCUGGAAGGAGCUAAGAGAGAGCACAAAAAACUGGCCAAGGAUGCUCAAAGCUUUUUGGAAUAUCUAGGCAAACUGAAAGAGGCAAACAAGAAGUCAGAGAGGUACAACGAAUCAAUCAAGAAAAGCUUGAAGAGUACAGAGAAGCUAUACAAGAAAAAGGCCGAAUUAGCAGCGGUGGUAGCCAAGCAAAACAUCAGUGAUGCCGAAUUGCAACACAUCUCAUCCACUCGGGCUCAAUUAGAACGAUCAUCUGCUGCUGCCCAGGCGAAGCACAGUCAACUGAAAGAAGCAAUGCUUGACUUGGAAGUUCGAAGCACUCAAGCCUCCGACCGAGUCGAGAAGACGCUGACGAUGUACAAGAGCAAAGCCGUCAAACUGGGCUUGAUCCCUCGUGCGCCAGAGCCAUUCGAGCAUCUUGACUUCAGCCAAACUGUCAACAGCGGUGCCGCCGAUGUCUUCGACAUGCUUCCUGAUACACUUAUCGAUAUCAAGCCGGCACUUAUCCAGCUCAAGAAGAACGCAAUCGUCCAUCGCUUGGGAUUGACUGAUCAGGUCCUCUGGGUCGAAGAAAAACUCGCAAACCUCACCGAAACUCUACAAGAAAAACGAGAGAAUCUGCAUACCUUGGAGACCUCGGUUCAGCAGUUAGCCAAACAACUUGAAGAUGAUAAAGAAAAAUUUGCGGCGGAAAUUGGUCGAAUGAAUGAACAAAUUAACGCUGUUCUCAAGCGAGUUACUGAUACUGAGUCCACAAUCGAAACGAAUCGGAUAACAAUUGGUCGUGAAAUCCAAGCUCUGAGAGUGAGGUUUGAUGAAACACAAGAACGUCUCAGUAAGCUGACUAAAGAUAAUGUGGACGAGAUGAACUCGAUCUUAGGGUUCAUUGUAUCUUAUAAAGAGCGGAUUGCUGAAAAGACCUUGCAGCUCAAGCACUUGUCUGAAUCCACUGGUGGUCCUAGCAUUAAUCUUGAUGUUAACUACCAUAGCGGCAGCAAUAACACCUUCAUGCGCAUUUAA